GAACCCGAAAGAAAAAAAUGGCGCCUCCCAUAGCAUUGAGAGGUUCUGAUGGCAUAUGGAUGGUAAAUGGUCCACCAAACCUUGGAUCUAGACCCAAUUUUCCAGAAGAUAAGAGUAAAUGGUGCAAAGUGCUUGCAUUCAGUCCUGAUGGUUCUCUAAUGAGCUGGUGUAAUGGAGAGAAAACAUUAGUACUGAGAACAUCUGAUUUCAAACAGUUAGCACAGAUUGAUAAAGCAAAAGUCAAUUGUCUGAAAUUCUCUCCCAAAGGAAUGAUACUUGCGCUAUGGGAGAACUACACUGUGAACAAAGAAACGAACCAGGGGAACCCCAAUCUCCACCUGUAUAAUGCACAGACAGGGGACCUUAUCAAAAGUCUGAUGCAGAAGAAACAAAGCAACUGGGAUCCCAAGUGGACAGAUGAUGAAGGAAUCUGCUGUAGAAAUGUCAACAAUGAACUUCACUUCUUUGAAGGGAAUGAAUUUGAUGCCAUCAAAACAAAGUUACACAUACAGAAAGUGUCAACCUUUGCCCUCGCAGUGAGUGGCCCCCCAUACCACAUAGCAGGAUAUGUCCCUGGGUCAAAGGGCCAACCAUCUUUUGUUAGAAUUUACAGAUAUCCAAAUUUUGCGGGGCCUCAGGCAGCUCUAGCAAAUAAAAGCUUCUUUAAAGCGGAUGACGUUCAGAUGAAGUGGAACAAAGCUGGGUCUGCCCUCUUGGUUCUCACUUCCACAGAGUCGUCUGAUAAGAGUUACUAUGGCGACCAGGGCCUUCAUUUCAUGGCAACUAAUGGAGAAUGUAGUCUUGUCAAUCUGUCAAAGAAUGGUCCAAUAUAUCACAUUGAAUGGAGCCCCCGCUCUACAGAAUUUGUUGUUGUUUAUGGAUUUAUGCCGGCCAAGGUGAGCUUAUUUAAUCUGAAAGCAGAGCCUAUCUUUGACUUUGGAACAGGUCCUAGGAAUUUGGCCUACUUCAACCCACAUGGAAAUAUUCUAUGUUUGGCUGGCUUUGGAAAUCUUCGUGGGAACCUGGAAUUCUGGGAUAUGAGAUCUAGAAAGUUGAUGUCACAGACCCAGUCCCCGGAUACAACUAGUUUUGAGUGGUGCCCUGAUGGGGAACAUAUUCUUACAGCCACCACGUCACCAAGGUUACGUGUUGCUAAUGGAUACCGGGUCUGGCAUUGUUCUGGUAAAAUGCUGCAGCAGGUUUUGGUUGACAAGGAAAAGGAAUUAUGGGAAGCGGUAUGGCAGCCGGCAGCAGAGGGUGUCUAUCCUAUGCCUGCUGUUACAGCGGGCAGCGUAACUGCAGCCGCCGCACAGUCUCCUCCUGAACCAAAAGUGCAAGCCUACCGGCCCCCACAGGCAAGAGGGACAUCUGCAUCUAUAAAACUUCAUGAAUAUGAAGCGCCUUCUGAUCCAAAUAAAAAAGUCUCACAAGAUCCCAACAAACCUCUGACAAAGAAUCAAAAGAAGAGAGAGGCCAAGAAAGCUAAAGCACAGCAGGAUGGACAGGUCAGACCAGAGUCCUCGCCAUCAGCUUCCUCCAGUGUGUCACAGCCUGCUGAUUUCACGUCCUCGGGGGAUAGAGAAAAGGACAAGAGAAUCAGGAAUCUCAAAAAGAAGAUUCAACAAGUAGAAAAAUUAAAAGAACAACAAAGAUCUGGAAAACAAUUGGAGCUUAAUCAGAUUGAAAAAAUUAAAACAGAGGAUUCUCUUCUUAAAGAGUUAGCUGCCCUUGAAGUCAGCUGAUGCAGUCAUUUUAGGAGUCUAUGACUACCUCUGAGAACUUAUAUAUUUCAAUGGCAGUCUACAUUGGCAGUAUGAUGUAGUCAUGUGACCCAUUGUUUCUGAUUAGAAUUGUGUUAAAAUGAACUUGUAUGGAUCUGGAAAUAAUUGAUUUGAGAGAUUUUUCUGAGAGGUACAAUGGUAUUGUAAAGUGCUAAGUCUCUGCCAGACUGUGAUAUUCUUUAGUUUACAAUGAUUGAAGAAUGUAAAUGUACAGUAGAUAGAAAGAGGUCAAGAGAAAUUAUUGUUAACCUUUCUAAAAGAUAAUUUGUUCAUCAAUUUCUUAAAUGAAAUGAGAAUUUUUUUUUAUUUAAUGAAGCUGCCUAUGGUUGUUUAUGUUUGUGAAAUUAGACCAUGUUUGAUUGUUUGUGAAUUUUUUUUCCAUCUAUAAUGUUUAAUCAAGCUCAAGCAAGUUAUUAAAAAGUUGGAGUCUGUU